AUGUCCUCCUCCUCAAAGGUCCCCGUUUACUCAGUGUCUGAGCUCAAAAAUGCCACCGACGACGCUAUAACCCCCUACCUAACCGGCCUCCCAAAACCGCACCGCUUCGCCGCAGACCACUUCAAAUCCAACGUGCGCCUAAUCCUAGGCUAUGUCGCCGUAACCAUAUCCGGAACCACAUUUUACUUCGACCGUCAACUGGGCUGGAAAAUAUCGCAUCUGUGGAUAACGGCCGCCGUCGUGGUGUAUUUCUUUCUCAAUAUCGCGUUUACGAUCUGGAUAUGGCUAGUGGAGGCUGGGCAGGUGUUUGAGGGGAGUAAGGAAGAUGGGGAGUCGCUCCAAAUCCGCUCAUCGACCAAAAAGCAUUCGCCUCUGUACACGCUCCAUAUUAAGCAUACGUUGAAGAACGGUGCGGUUCUUCAAAAUGCAUCUGUGUCCGCACCCUUCUCGAAAUGGUUCUCUGCUGAUGGCACGUUUCAUCCCGAACCUUUUAAACAAUGGUUUACGAGUGAGGUUAAGGCUUUAAAAGGGGUGGACUCGACCAGUGGAGCUAAAGUCAAGGCGGGGAAAAAGUAG